AUGUCGUAUCAGCGGACAGCGGCAUACCCGCACAUCGACUCAUCUGAGGAUACGCCGAGUGAACACAGCUCCCUCUAUACCGCUUGGCCAACAGCUUCGCCCUUGAAAGACGCAUCCGAAGGCGCUUGCGGUCGAAAGUCUCGCUCAGAAGAGCCUGGAUCUGCUGAGCGUCAGCAACAUAUACUCGCCGGCUGCUCUAAUCCCGAAAAAUCUGCAUACUCCGGAACCAGACUAUUUGCCAUCACCGAACAUGGAAGCAUCGCAACGCUGAGAACCAUGCCCUCCAGUUGGACGUUCCAGCAGCGGCUCGUUGGCGAGCAAGCCAAAGGGCAGUCAGACAAUGAUUAG